CAACGAACACCACUUGUGUGAAACUGCAAGAAAAUGCUUUGAAUACUGUACUGGGAAGAAGUACGAGUACGAGAUCGUCUCAGCUGCUGGCAAUGUGACAUUGUCAUAAUCUUUGAGAAUUGACUAUCCGAACCCAUUCAAUCAUGUUUGCCGCCUCGAAAACUAGCUCCCUUUUGGCAGCUCGCUCCGCCUUCCGUCGCAGGUACGUGCCGAACGAAGGUGGCAUUCGAAAAACUCGAGUGGCUUCAAGGUUGCGAUAAAACGCAGGGCAUGAAUCUUCGCGGCUUGGCACAGGUCUGGAAGAGAGGUUUUGUCGGUCGAGUGGAUCGGUGAAUCUUCGUUCGAAUCGAUGGACGGCACUCGUGAACAACAAUAUUGCUUCAGUCGCAGUGGUGUGUUGGUUUUCUGAUCCGAUCGAAUUUCAGCUUGCGACACAAAUGUUUUGUGGGCAGUCUACGAUAUUUUUCACCUGCCACUACGGUAGACAAAACCGAUACAACCUCUUCCCAUCCUUUCAAGUUUUUCCACGAAAGGAUUCCCUUGCAAUAUCAAUGGGAUAUGCAAUGAUAAAUGAUCUACCGCGUGCGAAACAUUGGAGAAAAGACACUCAUGAUACGACACGGCAUACCUGGUUUCCAUCUUGCCGAUAGUUUCUCUACAGCAUCGCAUCCUUUUGUGUCGAGUUUGGAUUUCAAAGGUCGUUCUCCUUUGCAUUUGCUCCCAGCCGGCGAAUCCUCUGAGCGAUGGAUUCGAGGUAUUUGAUUUCCGGGGUUGCGCGAUUUUGCUCACUCCGUUCCGGUUUUUUUUUCGUGUCGCCCGUGUUUGUCUGUCGUUUCCCUUCCGCAGCUACGCCGCCACCCAGCAGGCCGAGAAAUCGACCCUCGUCCUCGUGCGACACGGUGAGUCCACAUGGAACCUCGCCAACAAGUUCACCGGGUGGUACGAUUGCCCCCUGAGCGAGGCCGGGCACGUCGAGGCCGCCGAGGGAGGAAAGCUCAUCAACGAGGCCGGAAUCAAGGCCAACGUCGCCUUUACCUCCAUGCAGAAGCGCGCGAUCCGCACCCUCUGGCACGUCCUCGAACAGACCGACCGCAUGUGGAUCCCCGUCACCAAGUCGUGGAAGAUCAAUGAGCGUCACUACGGUGGCCUCCAGGGACUGGACAAGCAGCAGACCGUCGACAAGUACGGAAAGGACCAGGUCCUCGUCUGGCGCCGAAGCUACGACGUCCCCCCGCCCACGGUCGACAAGACCAGCGAGCACCACCCCGCCAACGACGAACGAUACGCCGAUCUCGAGGAGUGGCCCGAGGAUUUUACCGAGUCCCUCGCCACCACCCUCGACCGUGUCGUUCCGUUCUGGGAGAGCACUAUCGCCCCCGAGCUUACCGACGGCAAGACCGUCGUCAUUGCCGCCCACGGAAACUCCCUGCGUGCCCUCGUCAAGCACCUGGACGGAAUCGACGAGAGCGAGAUCGCCGAGCUCAACAUCCCCACCGGAACCCCGCUCGUGUACGAACUCGACGACGACCUGAAGCCCAUCCCGCAGGAGGGAGCCUUCUCGCCGCUACAGGGACGAUACCUCGGAGACCAGGAUGCCAUCCGCGCGCGCAUCGAGGGAGUCAAGAACCAAACGAAAUAAGCAGAAGCAACACCACACCUAAUUCAUUUUUUCAAUUUUAGUGUCGGCAAUUUUUCCUAUAUUUUUCUAUCCCCAUUUGCGUCGCG